AUGGAGAUAGCAAGUGAUCAAGGGUCUGAAACAGAAAGUAUCAACAGUGGUAGGAUAGGAUUCAGUGGUCCACUUGUGAGUAACAAAAAGAAGUCCAGCAAGAAAAGUGCAAGAUUUAAAGAUGAAGAUUCCUAUGUGGAAAUUACACUUGAUGUUCGUGAUGAUGCAAUUUUACUCCAAAAUAUUAGGGGCACCACCGAUCAGAAGGCCACAUCGUUAGCUAGUCAACUGGAGAAGAGAAACUCUUCAUUUGGCUCUCAACUUUCGUUUAAUCUCCGAAACGUUUCACAGGAACUGAGGCGAAUAACUUCUUCUAAGAGCUUCAACAAGGUCGAUAGGACCAAGUCUGGAGCUGCUCGUGCACUUCGAGGUCUCCAGUUUAUAAACAAGAAUGUAAGAAAUGAAGGGUGGUCUGAGGUUGAAAGCCGUUUCCAUGAACUUGCAGUCAAUGGGAUGCUACCAAAAUCGCAGUUUGGAAAGUGUAUAGGAAUGCAUGAGUCAACUGAAUUUGCUGACGGAUUGUUUGAUGCUCUAGCUCGAAAAAGAUGCAUCACAUCACCGUCAAUAACCAAGGCUGAACUGCAUGAGUUUUGGGAGCAGAUAACUGACACAAGCUUUGAUGCUAGGCUUCAAACCUUUUUUGACAUGGUGGACAAGGAUGCAGAUGGGCGAAUAACUGAAGAAGAGGUACAAGAGAUAAUCAUGCUUAGUGCUGCUGCAAACAAAUUGUUAAAGAUCCAAGAGCACGCUAAUGAGUAUGCAGCUUUGAUCAUGGAGGAAUUGGAUCCUCACAACCUUGGGUACAUUGAGUUGCACAACUUGGAAACACUACUUCUGGAGGCACCCCAUCAUUCUACCAAUGUCUCGACGAAUAGUAGAGUCCUAAGCCAGCUCCUGAGUCAAAAGCUAAAACCAACAAAGGAGACAAACCCCAUCAAAAGAAGCUAUAGAAGGCUGUCCUACUUCAUUGGUGAUAACUGGAAACGGAUUUGGGUGAUGACUUUAUGGUUAUCAAUAUGUGCAGGACUCUUCACAUGGAAAUUCAUUCAAUACAAACACAGGGCUGUUUUUGAUGUUAUGGGAUAUUGUGUCACAACAGCAAAAGGUGGAGCUGAGACACUUAAGUUCAACAUGGCUCUAAUUCUUUUACCAGUAUGCAGAAACACCAUGACAUGGCUAAGGAGUCGGACAAAAUUAGGGGUGAUUGUUCCUUUCAAUGACAAUGUUAACUUCCAUAAGGUAAUAGCCCUUGGUAUAGCUAUUGGAGUGGGGCUGCACGCAGGAGCACACUUAACAUGUGAUUUUCCACGGCUACUUCAUGCUACCGAUGAGGAAUAUGAACCAUUGAAGCCAUUUUUUGGUGACAAGCGACCUAAUAACUACUGGUGGUUUGUUAAAGGCACUGAAGGUUGGACUGGUGUGGUUAUGGUGGUGCUUAUGGCUAUUGCCUUCACAUUAGCACAACCGUGGUUCCGUAGGAACAGGCUCAAACUUCCAACUACCAUCAAGAAGCUCACUGGAUUUAAUGCAUUUUGGUAUUCUCACCACCUAUUUGUCAUUGUCUACAUCCUCUUCAUUAUUCACGGAUACUUCCUUUAUCUCUCCAAGAAAUGGUACAAAAAGACAACAUGGAUGUACCUCGCUGUCCCAAUGGUACUAUAUGCUUGUGAGCGAUUGAUUCGUGCAUUUAGGUCUGGCUAUAAGACUGUACAAAUUUCUAAGGUUGCCGUGUAUCCUGGGAAUGUUAUGGCACUUUACAUGUAUAAACCUCAAGGAUUCAAGUAUACUAGUGGGCAAUGCAUAUUUGUAAACUGUUCAGACGUAUCUCCAUUUCAAUGGCAUCCCUUUUCAAUUACAUCAGCACCAGGAGAUGAUUAUCUGAGCAUCCACAUUCGAACAUUAGGUGACUGGACAUCACAACUCAAGGCUGUAUUCUCCAAGGUAUGUCAACCCCCAACAAAUGACACAAGUGGCCUCCUCAGAGCUGACAUUGCACCAGAGAUGAACAAGCCAAGGCUACCAAGGCUCUUGAUAGACGGUCCUUAUGGAGCACCAGCUCAGGAUUAUAAAAAAUAUGAUAUCCUCCUCCUUGUAGGAUUAGGAAUUGGAGCCACCCCAUUGAUCAGCAUAGUCAAAGAUGUGCUCAACAACAUCAAGCAACAAAAAGAGAUAGAAGAGGGGUUCGCAGAAAAUGGUCUCAAGGACAUCAAGAAAAAGCCUUUUGCCACAAGACGAGCAUACUUUUAUUGGGUAACUCGGGAGCAGGGUUCAUUCGAAUGGUUUAGGGGAGUGAUGAAUGAUGUAGCAGAACAUGAUAAAGAGGGACUAAUUGAACUUCACAAUUACUGCACCAGUGUGUAUGAAGAAGGAGAUGCUCGAUCAGCCUUGAUCACAAUGCUUCAAGCAAUUCAGCAUGCUAAAAAUGGCAUUGACAUCGUUUCUGGAACUCGAGUUAAGACGCAUUUUGCCAGACCAAAUUGGAGCCAAGUUUUCAAGCACGUAGCCGUUAAUCACGCUGAUCAAAAAAUUGGAGUUUUUUACUGUGGUCCACCAAGUCUGGUUGCUGAUAUGAGACAACUAGCUCAAGAUUUCUCUAGGAAAACAACCACUAAGUUUGAAUUCCAUAAAGAGAACUUCUGA